AUGUCUGUGGGUCCCACAGGUAAGUCACCUCCCCUCAUUUCUGUCUCACUGCCCACUAACAAUGUCAAGAGCAGGUUUGAAACCUGGUGGCCCACGGUGCAUGUCUCCACCUUGUUUUUGGCAGUUACUGACCAUCCAGCAGCACGACAACCCAUCACCGGUUCAUGUACAACACCCACACACCCCGUUCCCCACCCUCUACACCAACGGCACCCAACACCCAUCUGCAAACGGCACCCAUGCACCCUCCCACUCCCAUUUCCCAUUUCACCAACGACACCCAACACCCAUCUGUUGCCUGUUGUUUUGCACCUCAGAAACUUUCCAACCCCACUCAUUUUGCAACAACCACACACCUGCAGACCCUACACACCCAUGUACUGCACCCACACCCUCUUCCACUCCCCUUUCCCAUCCUUUUCACCAACGGUGCCCACUGCCUCGCCUACAGUGCUGUUCGCCUUUCUGCCCAAACAUCCCCCAGCAAGACUCAAUGCAUCCGCAUGCCCUGCCACAUACCCUUCCACUCCCCUUUCCCAUCCUUUUCACCAACAGCACCCACCACCUGUCGUUUCGUGCCCAACCAACACCUCAAACCCACUCAUUCUGCUAACAGCGCCCACAGCACCAUUCGCCUUUCUGCCCAAACAUCCCUCAGCAAGACUCAACACAUCGCAUCCAUGUGCUCUGCCACAUACUCUUCCACUCCCCUUUCGUGUCCUUUCCACCAACAGCACCCAGCGCCCAUCAUUUCGUGCUCAACAAACUCCCCAAACCCACUCAUUUCGCAAACCUCAAGUCCAGAGACAACCACAAUGGAUGACAGCCACAAUGGUGAGACAGGUGAAAUGUAUUCAUUGGUAA